GGCAGAAGCCGCUCCGUGCAAAAAGUUGCGCCCUUCGACCUUCCAUGGGGGGAUACCCUAAUCGAUUUCAGUCCCCGUGUCCAAAUAAAAAUCCAGAAUGUUUCUUGAUUCUUUUCUUCGUGAAAGCAAUGACUGUUUGAAGAGGAAGGCAAGAAGAGAAGAAAGAAUAUUUUGAGCCAAAAAAAGAGAGGAAAGAAAGAAGAAAUCAAAUCGAGAAUGGAUCCAAAAGCCUCGGCCAAGUCGAAGCGAAACCACUCCCAUCAGGGCCGCAAGAACCACCCGACGCCUGCCGCCACGAGCGCCCAGAAGAAGAAGCCCGCCCCGGCCGCGGUCGCCGCUGCCGCCGCCGGAGCAGGAGAAGUGGCGACGCCCCGACGAGCCCACGCCCGCUCCCGCGAUCUCCCCUCCAACUGGGAUCGCUACGACGACGACGGCGACGGCGACGACAGUGGUGAUGGAGCCGAGAGCUCUGCCGGAGCUAAACGGGCCGACGGCGAGAUUCGACCCAAGAGUAAGGGCGCGGACUUCCGGUUCUUGGUCGAGCAAGCUCGGUCCCAGCCACAGGAUCAUCGCGAUCCUGGGACGUCCCAGUCCGCCUUUUCGUUGGACGAGCUUCCGUCCGAUUAUAUACAGGGCAUAAGCUCUAUGCUUUCUGUCAGGGGAGAGAGCCUCUUAUCUUGGUGUGCAGAUGACAAUUUCAUUGUGGAUGAUGACUCCACAUCAAGUUGUGAGGUGAAUUUACUCUCCAUGGAUUUGCAUGCACUUGCUGCACAAUUAUCAAAACUAAAGCUUUCGCAGAGGCUAUUUAUUGAAGAAGAUUUAUUACCUGAAGAGCUGCAUAUUGAUGAAUUGAAAGUGAACCAGAUAUUUGAGCAAUCAGAAACACCAACAAUGAGUGAACAUAAGGACAGUUUGUCUCAGGGAAGAUUUCAUGGUAAUUCAGAGUUAGAAAAGUCUGUAGAUGGCCAAAUUGACCAUUGGAACUCUUGUAAUGUUCAUGGAAUCACACGAGAAGCGGUGGUGGAGAAAUGUCAAACCCAGUCCCCUACAGGACAGGCUACCAAGUUUGAUCUAUCUAAUGAUUCAAUACCUGCAGGGCUAUCUGGCAGGAGAGAAGUUCAGGGAUCCGUGUCACAGCUUAGCAAGCAUACUGUUGCGGACCUGAAACAGAACAGAACUUCCAGGUUUGAAGCAGCAGCAGCAGAAGAAGAGCUUGACGUGCUUUUCAGCUCAUUUAGUGAAACCCGUCUUUCUAGUUCCCAUUCAGAUGGAAUCACUAAUGAUGCAUCAACUUCUCAUAAUGCAACAUUUAAUUCAUCAGUCCAUAUGAGUCCACCAUCUGUUGGUCAAGAUCUUAAUUCCUCAGGCAAUGCUGGUACGUCUCUUGCUGAUGCAAUUGAUGAUUUGCUUGCAGAAACCUCCCUGUCCCUGAAUGACCAGAAUACAGUGUGCCCACCAAAUGAGGGAGGACUGCCCCCAACAAAUCUUUCUUGUCGGUCACUUUUGGGUUCAGAAGCCCCAGGCAACUCCAGUUCCUCAAAACAAGUAGCUGGGGUUGCAACUCUUGACAGUGCGAUUGAUGAUUUGCUUGCAGAAACCUCCUUUUGCAUUGAGGAACAGAAGCAGAUGACAUGCCCAGAAGAGCAGGGAACAACAUCAUCAAUACAUAUUCCUUCUCAUUCUCCCUCAGACUCGAAACCUGUAGAUGACUUCGAUUCAUGGUUUGACACACUUUAAGAAUCAUUUGGAAUCUGAAGAAUGGGGCAUUGUCAAAUCAGCAUGCUAUCUUUGUUAUGGUUGCUGUACUCUGCUUGAAAGUGAUCCAGGUUGAACUGACCCAAUGCAAAUAUGACACUCGCAAAUUGCAAUCCUCCGGUAGUAGGAUGCCUAGACAGCUGAACCAGUGAUUCCGGAUGCAGCAAUCAUCAUAGCUGAUGUUGUUUUUAUAAUCCUGCUCAGCUGUUUUCCUCAAGUGAUUGGGGGUUAUUGUGUUCUCCAAAAUGUUCUGGCAUGGAGUGUGGUGUGUUGCGAAUGCAAGGGUCUUGAUGGAUUUCUGGCUCAUCCUUUGGGGAAUUUCAACAUGGCGGCUUCUGUGUUCUCUUGAACAAUGAGGAUAUGAGUUUUGCAUGUUCAUGAAAAUUUUUGGGAUCUCUCGAGCUUAAGAGAUAUCCAAGUCUCACCUCAGCAUCCAGAUUCUUUGGCAUGCAAAGAUCCAUGCCGGUGGUUAUUCCAGUGUCAAAGUGUUGUCCUACCCUUGUAUGUCAUCCUCGUGGCAUCAUCUCGGUGGCUUUUCUCAGGUUUUUGAUAUCUGAAACCAUUCUAAAUAACUUUUGGGGAAAUUCUAAAAGAAAUUGAGGGAUGAUGUCUAAAUGGAUUCUAAUUCUGAAGAUUCUGUUAAUGACCGUGCUGUUCUCACUAUAAUAUAGAUUACUUCGCAGGUCGUCUUGUUUA